AUGGAGCGUAUCCUCGAAUUGCUCGACAUCGGUUCCUACCAGGAAUUGGCAGAUCGGGAGGAUUGCGCCACGUUUUUGCUGAGCCCCGCGGUCUGUUCGCUGGAGACACUGCACAUCCAGCAGAGUUUCCGUAUCCUUCCGUUUUUCGGCGACCACGGGGCGAAGGAUCUGCUCGUACAAGCAUAUGAUGAACCCACUGUCGUCGAAUGGGAAGCCUUGGUUUGGUUUGUGUUGACGAGAAUUGUGGCGUGGCUCGAGGAGAGGGUGGAAAUCGAUAAAAUUCAUCUGCUGGUCGGCGGCGAUGAGUCGUGUCCAGAAGAAGCGGAAGUGAUGACACAAAUUACAAAUCAAAUAGCGCGUCUCGUGCUCAGACGUCCUGAUCGGGGAUGGAUCGAUCGGACAUACGAAGGAUUGAACCUCGUCCUCAGAACCAGCGAUGGUCAAGCGCUCGUGUUCUAUUGGGAUGCGGCGGACAGCUCGCUAUUGCUUCUCCGUUCCGAGUACAAUUUCCGACGUGGUCGCUGCUUCGGCAGUUUUGAAAGAAAUGCAAAGGCGCUGGCUGAGAUCCGCGAGUUGAUGCGAGACUGGCAAAUUCAAAUCAAGCAAAAUCCAGUGCGGGUGGCCGAGACGAAGGAGAAGCUCAAACUGGAAUGCGCCAAGUUCAACGACUACAACAGGGGCGCCACAACACAGGAUUUAUUGAUUGACGCGAUCUGGCGCUCCACGUCGCAACGCCGCUCACCGUGGGCAAGAUGUGGAGAGAAUAACACGAUUCUGAGGAGCGCCACCUAUCCCGAUCAACGCAGCAUCCGCUUCACCGUCUCGACCGACCCCGAAGAAACGCAGACGUCAAUGCUCGAGCUCGAGCAGGUCUACAACUCUUACGGUCUGGCGAUGUACCCUCCACUGCCGUUCAAGCUUCCCCGGCCAGCCGUGGUGAUUGAGCGCCUCUACGGCAUCCACAAGCUAACCUACACCGACGUAACAAUAUUCCUCCGAAUGUUUCUCGCCAAUUCCACCGUUCAAGAGGUCCGCUACCCGCUAUGGUGGUUUGGGAACCGCUUCUGGUUGUCGUUGAACAUGAAGAUGACGCAUAUAUGCGUGUCUACAGCCCAAAUUGACGUCCCCGAGUUGCUGGAAUUUAUUGAUCACUUCCGGCCCACCAGCUUCUACACGAACGAUUUGUUUGAAGACAGCGACGGUUACCCAGUUCCAGAAUUGGGCCGAGGCUUCUUAUCGGAUCCUCUGGUGUGCUCGCUGGAGAAGCUGCACAUCUAUAGCUAUUCGGGCGAUCUUUGCUGGUUGUACCCGCUGCGUGCCAGAGAUAUCGUGAUGGGACUCACCGACCGCAGAUAUACAACAAAGCUCGGCCAGCAGCCAAUCUUCGACUUUCUGUCGCGCAAGAUUCGGAACUGGUUGAGCGGCACGGAAGAAAUCGACAAAAUUCACCUGUGCACCGACCUGCGCCUCUUCGCAAAAGACUCGAUUGAAUUUCGGCCGUUCUUCAAAGCUCUGCCAUUCCUAAUCUCAUCUAAAGUUGGAUGGGUGGAUCAGACAUACGAUGGAAUGCCUCUCAUUCUCAGGGCUAGUGAUGGCCAGGCGUUGCUGAUGUUUUUCGCAAGCGGAGAUCGGUCCAUCUAUCUGAUACGAUGCGAAUACAAUUUCAGACGGGGUCGCUGCCUGGGAAGUUUUGAGCGAAACGAGAAGGCCCUCCAGAAAAUUCGCGGUUUGAUGAGCAUCGCCUCGCGUCUAUCCUCACAAAACCCGGAACUGGCCAAGGAUGCAAAGGAGAAGCUAAGGGAGGAGUGCAUCAAGUUCAACAAGUACAACGAGGGCGCCACAGAACUGGACUUGCUGACGGAUUCGAUCUGGCGCUCAAAGGGCAGCGGGAUUCGCCUUGGACGACGCGCUAUCCGACUGGCGAUGGGCAGUCUUGGGAUGAGCCAUAUCCGGUGGAUAUCACCCUCCGCCAUUGCUGACGGGGAUAUUCGGAAAGAGCAAGACUACUCGGUGAAUGUGCUGUCAUUCCGCCAUGCUAUUCUCCUUCAUUUCCCCCAUCAAAUAAUCGAUGAUGGAGAAUUGAAUAUUCUCUAUCAAGCAUUUACAGCUGAUAUUCAAGAUCAAAAGGCAGAAUACCCGUAUGUAUUUGUGGAAGUGUGGAAACGGAUUGCCCCCAGAGUUGAGAAGAGAAGGAUGCUCAUUGUCGAUAGGGAUCUCGACAACAUCAUCAACUCCGACAUGUUCAACCGCCGUCACCGCACUUCCGACGAUGCGAAGGAGAAGAAGCAGACGAUGAAGCCGCGUAUUGUCUGUAUUUCUGUGUGUCUCUACAUUCUCUCCACUCUCUCGUCGACAGUCUCCUCAAAUGACGGCGGGAAAAGGGCGUUGAACACGUUGGCCGAGUUGAUCGUCGACAAUUUCAACAAUCACUCCCAUGCUAAUGUUUUGCAAAAAGGUGUGGAAGAGGUGGAGCCCCGGUUGCGCAUCAGAUCAGAAUCUGCCGAAUCGUCGCUCAUCUCGGCCACUUCUCGACUCACCAAGCUAUUUGCCGACCGGAAGGCGGCGCUUCUGCGGAUAGUGAAAGCAGCGAAUGCGACGCUGCAAUUCUACAAAGAACCCCUGCUAACACCCAUCAAUAUCGGAACACAGGACAAUCCAAAUUCGACAUGUGCAAGUCAACUGGCAGCCAUGCAGAUCCGUGAUGUCCAUUUCCACAAUCCACUCACCGAUUAUAAUCGAUCGGGUGUCCAUCUCAACGUCGAGAGCUAUGUUUGCGACGGUGCCGUCAUCAGGGACUACGAAUGGACAAAAACUGCAAAAAUUGAAGAAACAUUCGAAGAGAAUCGAAACGAUUGGCCGGAUAUUGGAUAUCAAUAUAUCGGCACGUAUACCGGGUUGACGAGGAUGUUUCCGUCCCGGCCAUGGAUUCUGGACCCUCCCUCCAUUACUGUCGAUCUGUUCGACCCCCGUUUCCGUCCAUGGUUUACCCAGGCUGAAUCCAUACCCAAGGAUGUCGUCUUUUUGAUCGAUUUUUCUGGCUCGAUGAAAGGCCCGACAAUGCAUCUGGCCAAAGUGACAAUAAUGUAUAUAAUGUCUACCCUCACACCAAAUGACUAUUUUUAUGGGGUCUCAUUUCAAGACUCAUUCCGCCCGAUUCUCCCCUGCUCAAAUAUCAGUUUUCUCCCGGCCACCACAGCGAAUAAAAAGAUUUUCUACGAGACGCUGGCGACGAUUGAGGAGAAAGAACAGGCAAAUCUCGGUCCUCCGCUCAAUUUUACGCUCGAAAAAUUGAGAGAGUACAUUCGGACUGAAUCGCCAAUUUCUACGCGUUCCGGCGGCCACAAGCUGGCCAUGUUUUUCACCGAUGGAAUUGACGAAUUUCCGGAACGGGUCGUCGACGAACAAGUCCACAAUUUCAAAGGGGAACCUGUCCGAAUCUACGGCUAUGCAGUCGGGUUCGGUACUGGGCCACUCGAGUCUCUCCAUCGUCUUGCCUGCCUCACAAAUGCGUCUUCUGCCGUGGUGGACUCGAUCUCAGAUGUGAAAGCGCAGGGCCGUGCCCAUCUCGACCAUUUAUCACGGCAAAAGGGCCGACGGAUGCAACAGCAAAAACUGAAGCCCACGGUUACAUGGUCGUCGCUGUACCAGGAUGCGCAGGGGAUCGGCCCCGUGAUCUCUGUCUCGUCUCCAAUCGCCGCAGGACCGGCUGAUAUUUGGAGGGGACAUACGAUGGCUGGAAUUGCGGCCAUUGACAUUCAUAUUUCGGAAAUCACUUCCAAACUGCCAACCGGAGAGCAGUUGUACGCUUUUGUCGUUGACAACAAUGGCAUUCUCAUCUACCAUCCACAACUCCUCAUUCCGAAAACGGAAGUGCACGCGGUGCGUCGUAGUGCUUGCUAUGAUGCCGCAUCUGUCAAGUCAAAAGCGGGUGCAGGCCUGAAAGUGCAAUAUGGGCUGAGUGAUGAGAGAGUUUUUCGGCUGGUCGGUCUCAUCGACAGCAUCUCUACUGUGGAUAUGCUGGACCUGGAAGAGCGUACUGUAGCUUCGGAAGAGCUUCGAAACCGAAUAAUCGACCAGAAAUGCGAUGAGAAGCCGAUACAAGACGGUCUCGUCGAGUACUACUGUGCCGAAAUCAAGGGAUCUCCCUUUACGCUAAUAAUCGUGAAUCAUCACGAGCGCCAAUCCAUUACCGUAUCCCCGACAGAUGAGAAUGAAGAAGGAAAAGAAUUCGAUCAGCCAACGCUUGAACACAAUAUGGUCUCCACUAUCAUCACUAAUCGCGAGUUGUGCCAGUGGUCCCUCGACGCGAUCGCGCCGAAAGAGCGCCCCGGUCAUAUUCUGUCACAUCCAAAAUGUGGUGACGACCCUCAGCGGGAUACUGUAAGGGCAAUGUUGGAUCUACUGGCUCCCUGGAUCGAUUCGUGGCCGGAAUCACUGGGAAAUGUCUCAUGCCCCGAGGUGCCAUUCCCAUCCACAAUUCCGUCACGAUACUUUGUCGUUUCAUUUGCACACACGAGAGCGAGGGCCACGUCAUAUUAUCCACAAUGCGCAAUCGAAACGAUGAAAGUGGUGACGAAAAGACUGGACAAACAGGGCUACACCAAGAAGAAUUCGACCGAGCUGGAAUUCUCACUGCUUGGAACGGAUCUAAUGGUCACCAAGAGCUUCGCCGACAAAUACGGUAAUCGGAUCGGGACAGCGGGAGUGGUGUGGAGGAGGGAUUUUGUCGAGAAAAUAUUCGCCAAUUGGACCGCCGCGAAUGCAAAAUUAUGGAAGGACUUUAAAAGUCUCGUCAAGCAGAAACAUGUCAGCGAGUACGUUUACACUGAAGUACGGUACUCACCGAGCGCUGGAAAACCUCCGGUU